AUGUCAAAGGUCCUGGAGGUUUGUGUUGAUUCUUUGGACAGCGCGUCUGCAGCAAUCUCCGGUGGCGCGGGUCGCAUCGAGUUGUGCUCUUCGCUACUAGAGGGCGGUCUGACGCCAACUCCAGGCUUAUUGAUUCAGGUUCAAAAUUUGAGCGCGAAUAAAGUGCCGAUAUAUUGUAUGUUGCGUUGCCGCCCCGGAAAUUUCAUAUAUAAUCGCCAGGAAUUGGAGGUGAUGGUGGAGGACGCGAAAAUACUGAGGAAAUAUGGCGCCAGUGGUUUCGUUUUUGGCGCGUUACUAGAAAAUGGCGCAGUCGAUAUGAAGAUGUGCAGGGAGAUCGUGAAGGCUUGUUAUCCCUGCCCGGUGACAUUCCACAGGGCUUUCGAUUUUUGCGAACGCCCCUCAAUCGAAAUUGAAGUUAUCAUAGAUUUGGGAUUCGAAAGGGUCUUGACCAGUGGUAAACAGCCUAAUGCUCAGCUUGGUUCCAAACUCAUCAAGAAGUUGAUGGAGCAAGUUGGGAGCAGAAUAAUCAUAAUGCCUGGCGGUGGAAUAAACAAGGAAAACUUCAAAUUUAUAAUGGAAAACACGGGAGCCAAGGAGUACCACGGUUCCUUCAGAAAACCCAAAGCUUUGACAGAAAGCGAAAACUGCACCACCACAGAUGUGAAGAUUGGAGAGAACAAUGGACCCAUGCAAGUUACUGAUAAGGAAUAUGUUGCGGAAAUAGUACACAUGUUGGCUAAUUGUUGA